AUGAAGAAGCUGGUUAUCAUGGUCGCGAUAGCGGUGGCUGUCACCGUUGGCCACAAAGAAAGAAGAAACAGUGCCUUGGAAAAUUUCCCACCUUACCCAGAUGCUAGGCAAGGUCUAUCUUUUCGCGAGCAACAUCAACCUUUUCGGGAAACAUCGUACCAUCCUCAACAAUAUCAAUCGUACCGGCAUCGACCCUAUCGACAAGACCUGUCCUCGUUUGCCCAACAACUGUCCUAUAGAGAUCAAUCGUUGCCGAGAGAUUAUUCGUCACCGAAAAAUCGACCUUUCUACACCGACGGCUCGUUCUUCAGGGAUACUUCGAAUUACAAGGGACAGUCAUCGUUCUUCUCCGAUGGAGCAUCGUUCAAGGAUCAGACGAGGCUUAAGAACGAGAUCCUUAAGGAUCAAGCCCUAAACGAUCAAUAUUCUUAUCAGCAACCGUCUUUUCGCGACGACUUUCGGUUCGCCGAUUUGUACGACAAACCAAUUAGUUCUUACAGGGAACAGCAAUUUGAAGAAUUUUCGAAAGAGUCCGACUAUCUAAAGCAUGGAAACCAUGGUCUCGGUUAUAUUCCUAUGCCGCCGGUUUCACCGUACCAGAACGCUUCGCCAUUGAACGAGGAAACAUCCACGACAACGACACCGUCGAUGGUUCCUACGACCACCCACGUACCAUUGCUACAGUCUAACGUCUCCUCGGUCGCUCCAGCUAUCAGCCAAGUUCACACGUCUGCAACUUCCGAGCCGAAAAUGGCUUCGCUGAAGGGAUCGCAUACGGUGACAAUGCCAACCGUGAAAUCCGAUACGUUGGCCGAAGUUAGCACGACCAGUUCGCCGAUGUCGGUCAGUGAGGAGCAAUCUUCGAACUUGGCUCAUCCAGAGAUGCCGGCUUUGACCACCGAGGCUAGCUUACCACCUGUCAUGGCCACCGAAUCUCCCGUCUUAUCCUUCGGACGACAAUCUUUUUCGCCGAUUGAAUUCCAAUCGUCCAAAUUCACGACGCCGUCGUCUUACUAUUUCUCUCCGGCCGUGAAGAACAAAUUGCAACAGUCUCUGCUCAGUUAUUUGCUGUCGCAGCAAGAGAAAAACCCGUUGAAAAUCAACGAGCAGUCGACUUUGCUAUCGAACUACGUGUCGCCCGACGUAUUGAGCAAUAGUCUGGAUAACAAGAUACCCGGCCCGGUAUUGAACUACGUACUUCCGGCGGAGUCGAAGAACAGUCUGAAGAACAACUUGCAGACCUCUCUGUUGAACUAUCUGCUGCAACAGGAAUCGAACCGUGGCCUAUCUUUCCAACCAUCCACCCCGUCGACAGAAACUGUGAAUUACCUGUCGCUGGCCACCCUCGCCGAGAAGCCGAAGCUCACUUUGCCAACUGUACCGAUUGCAACUUUGUCAGCGGUUUCACGACCUCUGCAGACUCUCAACUACGUCCCAGUGACAAUGCCGAGGACACCGAGCUUCGUCACUCAGGACUCUUCCGUUUCUUCUCUUCCUCUUCUUCCCUUAGGAUCUAAUAGCUUGUCCACAACUUUUUCGUCGAACUUAGCGGAUAGCCAAGCUACUGGCGUGUUCAACAGUUUAUCCGGCGGGCUAAGCGGUGGCAUAGCUUCGGGCAUACCUGGCAACAUAGCGACAACCGUUCCCGCCAGCAUACCAACUUUGAACUUUGCUCAGAAUUUCCAACACGUAGACCAGACACGACAAUUUGAACCGGCAAGGAGCAAUCCGUUCUCCACAGGAUUGCAGCUGCAGCUGGGCGGCUUCGGUGGCAUAGAUUACACCUUACGCUCGCCUAAUCCACCCCCACGGUCCUUGGAGCUCGGGAUCGCAAAAGUGGGCUUAAGUUUGCCGGAAUUACCGCGACACCAGCUUUCCACGCUUUCCAAGGUUCCAUUUGGUCAUCAGUUUUGGUAG